AUAAAGAGUUUCUAUUUUGCAAAUUUAUAAUAAUAUAAAACAAUAAUGCUAGACCUCUAUUAAUAGUCAUUGAUUGUUGACAAUGGCUGACAUAAAUUCGGCAGAUCCAGAAGACCUCGUUACCUGUCCUUAUAAUAAAGCUCAUCUUAUCCGUCGAAAAAAAUUUCAGCUACAUUUAAUUAAAUGUCGGUCACAUCAUCCCGAUUCAAAGUUACUUAAGUGCCCAUUCAAUCUAUGUCAUAUGAUUCCCGAGCAGGAAUACUCUAUGCAUAUCGGUUCUUGCCCAGAUCGGGCCAUCAUAACCAAUUAUAAAAAUAUUGAAGAAGAUAAUAAAAGAAAAGCAACAGAGGUUUCCACACAACCUAAAAAUGAUAGUGAAGAAGAAGACUGGGAUAACAGUGAGGAAGAUACGAAGGAAAGCACGAAAACCUUCUUAGAGUCCAAAGGAUAUGAUCCUAAUAAAAAAAUAAAUUCCAAUGAUAUAAUUUUACCAUUAAACGGAUAUUUACCAGCACAAAGGCGCAAAAUUAGAGAAGAUCAAUUGAAAAAUUUUGAAAGUAAAAGAUCUAGGCGCGACUGAAAAUUUCAAUUAAAAUUAAAAAAAACUUCUAAUUAUAAAUUAAUAUUGUAUGAAAUAUAGUACAAAUAUAUCAACACGUUGGGAAGGGUAAAACAGGAAAGUGCUAUACAUACAUACAUACAUACAUAUGUAUUUUCAUCUUUUUAAUUUUUUUUUUUUUGUAAAAAAGUUUUUACGUUUUUGUAAAAAUAUAAAUAGAAGUUGGGGAGCAUUA